AUGGCGCAGAGCAGAGACAAUCCAUUGAGUUUCGAUGUUCUCUCUUGGGAUACUAUCGCAGAUUAUUUGAAAACGAAUAUUCAAAGUAAACGAAGUAGUCCAACUGAACAUUGGUUAGAAUUAUUAAAUGAACGUGUGGCAAACUCUCAUCGGGAACUGGCACAAACGACGCCAGUAGUCAAUAACUAUAUGCAAUGGUUGCGAGCACGAGGAAAAACUAUCAAAGCACCAUCGAAAACGAUUCCGUCGUCGAUAUUAGGACCGAAGAUUGUCGAGGGUGAACUUAUUGACGCUCGAAUAUCUUGCCGAGGUCCUGAUGAUAAAUUAUACGAUCGAGAUGCACAAUUGAGACAACGUUUGCCCCGAGGAUGCACUCUAAUGCAAUGCCGAUUGAAAGAUGAAGCACAACCACGAUUAGAUUUCGUUGUGUUUGCAUUACGAAAAUUCAGUGGUGGUCUUGGUGAUGAUGAUGAUCGGGAAGACGAUAAUCAAGCAUGGCUUCGAUACUUUCUUGAAAACCCUCGUACAGCGUCUCAAAUUAUUUGCACAAAAAAAGUCAAUGGUGAAGCAUGUCAUCUGUCGUGCGUUGCACUUCCACCUGACAAUCGUCUAAUGUUAAUUGCUGGCUCGAAGAAUGUUCAUUUAUGUUUCCGUAGCCAUUCCGAUAUUGCGAUGUAUGGAAAUGACACAACAUAUAACUAUGCAAGUUCAUUUUGUCAUACUAUUCUUGAUACUUUGGCCCGAAUGCCGGACAAAGGAUCACGAUUAUUGAAUUUUCUAUCAUUAACACGUUAUACAGCUGUUUUUGAGAUUCUGAACUAUGCUCAUCAACAUGUGGUUGACUUAACGUAUUUAAAAGAUACGCAUAAUAGUUCCGAAUUGAAAUUCAUUACGUUUUCACAAGUUCCACAAGACUUUGAUGCUGCUGUCACUAACCUAUGUGCAUUACCACCGGAUUAUGCGAUUGAAAUUGCUCGCUGUUUACAUUUAUCAACAACUGAGUAUGAUAUAAUUGAGAAUCAAUCUCAUCUUCUCAAUGAAUACCUCACAUCCAUCAAAUAUCGACAAGAAUGCGAAGGUAGUGUCCUUUACUUCCUGAAUAAAGACGAUCAGGUGAUUGGUUUAUUAAAAAAGAAAACGAUUUGGUACGUGAUCCUUCGUGCUAUUCGAGAAAAGGUUCGCCCGAUGUUACAACACUGGGAGAAAGAACGAAAAAUGGACGUGGCUGAAACUAGUCGCAGGGUAACUGGUCGCUUGAAAGCGAUACAGAAAUGGUUGGGUUUCUCCGAUGAAAUUCUCACUCAAUGGACAUUGCUAGCGGGACAAUUCAUAAACUGGGUAGCUGAAGGCGGGAAGAAAAGAACGAUAACACGAGAAGAUAUUGCUGAUCUCUAUCCAAUUGUUUGGUCAAAGUUUCUUCGAGAAACGAAUAAUGAUGGCAAUUUUAUGAGCAAAAUGAUGAGUGGAAUUCGCGAAGAAGAUGUUUGGAAGGAACUGAAUGAAAUGAAACUUGAUGAAAGAAAAAGCAAAGGUGAACGCAAAUCAAAAACAAAACAACCAAGUGAUUUAGAAUGCGGUGAAGAUAUUGAUGCAGAUCCAGAAGAAGAUGACGAAGUAGAAAACUAA